GGCGGCGGGCGGGCGCGGUCGGGAGCUGAGGGCCGGGGUCGCGAGGGGGAUGAAGACGGAGUUCCCGAACAAGUCGGAAGCCGCUCACAACACCGGGCGCCGCGCGGCAGGGCUGUGGACGGGGCAGUAGCUGUGGACCUGGGGUGGUUUCGUGCCCCAGUCUUAGGAAACGACGCGUGAGGCACCGUGCCGAGGCGUAGAGGUCACCCUCGGGAGGUUUCGGUGAAACCUGAUGGGAAAUUCCGGGCAGGCGCCCGGAGUAGCGUCCGAGGAGGCAGCUCCUUGCAGCCAGACUUGUGUUCGGGGGAGUUGAGACGAGCUGCACGGGUGGGAUUGCACGGCUCUGCCCUCCCAGCGUUGACAACUCGCCCCGACCGCCCGGGGGAAGCGCGAGCUUUCUGGCUCUAGAAGUGAUGAUGCUGGGUGGAAGCCGCAGCAUGUAAAGAGUUGCCGGUUGUUAUGGGAUUAAAAAAAGAUAUAUCUGCAAUGGCUAAAGGGUUAUCUUAUGAUGAGGCUUUUGCUAUGGCUAAUGAUCCCUUGGAAGGCUUCCAUGAAGUAAACCUUGCUUCACCUACUUCUCCGGACCUUCUUGGUGUGUAUGAAUCGGGAACUCAAGAGCAGAUUACCUCACCAAGUGUCAUCUACCGGCCACACCCUUCAGCUUUAUCCUCUGUACCUAUUCAGGCAAAUGCAUUAGAUGUUUCUGAACUUCCUACACAACCUGUGUAUUCAUCCCCCAGACGUUUAAAUUGUGCGGAAAUAUCUAGUAUCAGCUUUCAUGUUACAGACCCAGCACCUUGUUCUACCUCUGGAGUCACCGCUGGAUUAAGUAAAUUAACUACAAGAAAGGACAACUAUAAUGCAGAGAGAGAAUUUUUACAGGGUGCUACUAUAACAGAGGCUUGCGAUGGCAGUGAUGAUAUUUUUGGGUUGAGUACUGAUAGUCUGUCUCGUUUACGAAGCCCAUCUGUUUUGGAAGUUAGAGAAAAGGGCUAUGAACGAUUAAAAGAAGAACUUGCAAAAGCUCAGAGGGAACUGAAGUUAAAAGAUGAAGAAUGUGAGAGGCUUUCAAAAGUGCGAGAUCAACUUGGACAGGAAUUGGAAGAACUCACAGCUAGUCUAUUUGAGGAAGCUCAUAAAAUGGUGAGAGAAGCAAAUAUCAAGCAGGCAACAGCAGAAAAACAGCUAAAAGAAGCACAAGGAAAAAUUGAUGUACUUCAAGCUGAAGUAGCUGCAUUGAAGACACUUGUAUUGUCCAGUUCUCCAACAUCACCUACGCAGGAGCCUUUGCCAGGUGGAAAGACACCUUUUAAAAAGGGGCAUACAAGAAAUAAAAGCACAAGCAGUGCUAUGAGUGGCAGUCAUCAGGACCUCAGUGUGAUACAGCCAAUUGUAAAAGACUGCAAAGAGGCUGACUUAUCCUUGUAUAAUGAGUUUCGAUUGUGGAAGGAUGAGCCCACAAUGGACAGGACGUGUCCUUUCUUAGACAAAAUCUACCAGGAAGAUAUCUUUCCGUGUUUAACAUUCUCAAAAAGCGAGUUGGCUUCAGCUGUUCUGGAGGCUGUGGAAAACAAUACUCUAAGCAUUGAACCAGUGGGAUUACAACCUAUCCGGUUUGUGAAAGCUUCUGCAGUUGAAUGCGGAGGACCAAAAAAAUGUGCUCUCACUGGCCAGAGUAAGUCCUGUAAACACAGAAUUAAAUUAGGGGACUCAAGCAACUAUUAUUAUAUUUCUCCUUUUUGCAGAUACAGGAUCACUUCUGUAUGUAACUUUUUUACAUACAUUCGAUACAUUCAGCAGGGACUCGUGAAACAGCAGGAUGUUGAUCAGAUGUUUUGGGAAGUUAUGCAGUUGAGAAAAGAGAUGUCAUUGGCAAAGCUGGGUUAUUUCAAAGAGGAACUCUGAUGUUCUGCGUGGGACCAUGCCUGAACUCUCUGAAUAACUGAAAAAUGGCUGAAUAUUUUUAUGGUUACUUGAUAUUUAUUUCCAAGGAGUGGGCCUAAGACUUUUUUCCCCUUUUGCAAAUUGCUCUAAGAAGUACCAUGAUUUCUUUUAAACUGAUCUAUGCUGUGUUUGCUUAUUCUUUAGUUGAAUACACUAUGAAGGAUUACAGGUGUACUAGUGAAUGUAAUUUAUAGUUGCAAAAAAAAAAAAAAAACCCUGAAAUAAAUAAAUGUUAGAUUGAAUGUGUGUACAUUUUCUGUUCUAGCUCUGACAUGGCAUUUAGGGUUAGCAGAAUGUAUUAAAUAGUAAUUUUCAAACUACACAGUAGCUUCCUUCCUUGUGAGAGGCAAGGAAGACGUCUGAGUGGACAGCACUCACUUUCCAAGGCCCCCACCUCUAGAAUGGCUUUAUUUUUGUCUGUUUUCUAUAUUGGGUUUCAAAAAGAUUAUAUUUGAAGAAAUACUUCUGCUGCUACAAAGUUUGAAAGUUACUAUUUUAAUUAUUCUGCUCUCUGUAAUUGAAAGAAUCCCUUUAUUUUGGUGAUUCAUUAAAAUAUAAUAGAAGGCAGUCAAAUUGUAUCCCAGAGAUGUAUUCCUGAGCGUCUUGAUGUAGUGUAUUCAUGUUUUAUAUGUGUUAACCACUGUAUUGACGUUGGAGGGACAUAGACGUAAAUGAGUUUGAUUGUGUCAAAGGGGUUUAAAGGGGUGUAGGUUGAAAGAAUGGUACGUGUGAAGUAUACACUGAUCAUAGAACCACUUGACCUCUGCAUUCCAAAUUGUAAAACUGACUCUACUGGAGAAAUUAUAACAAGAGGUUUGUGGUAGAAGUAUAAUAAGUAUAGAACAGCAGAAAGAAAAAAUGAGAAACCACUUUAGUCUCUGUUUAGAGAAAGCUGCUGUUAAUAUUUUUGGAGAGUAGCCUUUCAGCUUUCAGAUAUUUUCUACUUACAUAUGCAUAUUUUUGAAACAAAAAGUAGGCUUUUCUUUUUUUUGCUUUUUAAACCUAAACAUUAAAUACAUUUUCCUUUGGGUAAACCUACACAUCCUAAUCCCUGUUUAUAGAAUUUUAACAUAAUUUAAUUGUGUUUGGAGAUGAGGUGGUUUUCAGUUUAUUUUUCAUAUUAUAAUGCUUGACAAGUAUCCUUAUCUGUGCACUUUUGAACAGUUGAGUUCUUUCAUGUGGAUGCCUGGAGAUAAAAUUGUUGUGUCGAUGUAUAUAUAUAUGUGUAUUUAUAUGUGUGUAUAUAUGUAUUUUUAAAUGUUUGAUCUGCGUUGCUAGAUUGCCAUCCAGAAAAGUUAAACAGUGUGUAUUCACAGCAGCAGUGUGUAAGAGAGCUGGUUUUCUGAAGAUAACAUUUUUUUCAGUUCUGUUUAGAGGUUUGGUCAAUCUUACCUGUAGAUGACUUCGGCCACCAGGUUGGGUGGGAGCCCACAGAUAAAAGGACAUUGGAGUAUGUUAUGGUAAAAACCAUCAGUACCACACCCAGCUCAAGAAUGUGAAAUUGAACAUGAAAAAAACUUUGAACCUAGAAUUUUAUGUUCUGAAAAUAGUUAUUCUAAUGUGAGGGCAUUAAUACGAAUAUGUACCAUCAAGGCUUCAGAAGAUUUUCCUAUACAAACUAAAACCGCUUUUGGAGAAAGUACCCAAAUAAAAAGAGAAACAAAUCCA